AUGUCUUCCGAAGACGUUGAUGAUAAAUUCUGCGAAGGGGGAGCGGAAUCUCAGCUUGAUGGAGAAGGGGGAGCCGAUGAAACGUUUGCGAAGGAAAAUGGAGCUGAAGGUGACGAAGACAAAGGUUCAAACGAACAUGAGGUAUUUAAGAAGGACAAGGAGGAAGGUAAAGGGGCAGAGAAACGUAAUGCACUCACUGAGGGAAAAAGUGGCGGAGACAAUCAAAGAGGGAAAAACAAACAUGUUCGUGAAUCUGUAAAUAUAGCGCCCGCUAAGCAGGAAUUAACUAACCUUGACCUAAAAGAAGGCAUAGAAAAUCAGACAGUUGCUGACGGAUCUCCGAAAACAGAUGAACUGCAAUCAGGUCCUCAGAGAGAUCGACAACUGAAAUUUAUCCACAGCUCGAAUCCCAGCACCAAGUCGCAGUCAAGGUAUCUUACCCUUACGGGAAUUUUCCUUGUCACCGCAAUGGCAUGUAUUGUUGUAGCUAUCUACUUUGCCCCUCCUAACAACGACAUGAAGCCUGACUUUGAUCUGGAGAAAGUCUUUGGAAAUGGGCUAGAAAAGUUACAGUUGUCAUUCACUAAUCAGACCGAACGGUUCUGGAAGAUUUUAAGAAAUCGCGGAAAGGCUCAUCUACGGAAUAAGGAUCCCUCACAACCACUGGUGUUCUUACUUGCUGCACCUCCAGCAGCACAUGAAUACGUGGAUUGCCUGGCCAUUAAACUAGCAGAAAUGCUGGAUCCAAGUCAUAAAAGAAAUCUGGCCAGAAUUGAUGGUGAAAAAGAGAAAGGAAAUCAUCCAGAACAAACCAAGAAAAAGAUGGACGAUUUCUUGAAGAAAAAAAUUGAUGCUCUCCACAGGGUGGUGCUCAUCCAUCACCUUGAGCUUCUCCCACCACCCUCACCACUUUUGUUUCACUCUUAUUGUGAUGAUCAAAAUGCACCAUAUAAGCACUUGGCCAUUAUUUUUACUGUACAUAUGCCAGUAGAGCUUAGCCCAUCUCUGCUUCCUAAAGAAGCAGAGGGAAGUGCAGAGAAAUAUCUUUCAGGUGAUGUGUGGGCAAAUAAGGCUUCGGUUGAAAAGGAUGCAGUUGCUGCUCUCCUGGUCCGCAUUGCUGACACUGUGGUGCUCAUGAAUGGUGAAACUAGUGGUUCAGCAAGGGACUUUUGUUCUGAAUCCAUUAACUAUUAG